AUGGAGGAAACCCCAGUGAUUCCUCGCGUCCGGCUCGGCACCCAAGGACUGCAGGUGUCCAAGCUGGGGUUAGGGUGCAUGGGUCUGACGGGCUCCUACAACUCCCCGCUCGACGACGACGCCGGCGUGGCCGUCAUCGCGCACGCCUUCCGCCGCGGCGUCACCUUCUUCGACACCUCCGACUUCUACGGCCCCCACACCAACGAGACACUCCUGGGCAAGGCGCUGAAGCAGCUGCCGCGGGAGCAGGUGCAGGUGGCCACCAAGUUCGGGAUCCAGCUACACGAGUACGGCGCCGGCGCUGGCGCCAUCUGCGGCAGGCCGGAGUACGUGCGCGCCUGCUGCGAGGCCAGCCUACGCCGCCUCGGCAUUGACCACAUCGACCUCUACUACCAGCACCGGAUAGACACCACCGUCCCCAUCGAGGACACGAUGGGUGAGCUUAAGAAGCUAGUGGAGGAGGGGAAGGUCAAGUACAUUGGGCUAUCCGAGGCGAGCCCCGACACCAUCAGGCGUGCUCACACGGUGCACCCGAUCUCCGCGGUGCAGAUGGAGUGGUCCCUCUGGGCUCGAGACAUCGAGCCCGAGAUUGUGCCGCUCUGCAGAGAAUUGGGGAUUGGAAUUGUUCCUUACAGCCCAAUUGGCCGCGGGUUUUUCGGUGGAAGAGGAGUCACGGAACAAGUGUCCUCUGAAUCUAAUCUGAAAGGGCAUCCACGGUUUUCAGCAGAAAACCUGCAGAAGAACAAGCAUCUGUACUUGAAAAUGGAAGAACUAGCUAAGAAACACCAGUGCAGCACUACUCAGCUAGCUUUAGCAUGGGUUCUGCAUCGAGGGGAUGAUGUGGUUCCCAUACCAGGGACAACCAAGAUCAAGAAUCUGGAAUCCAACAUUGACUCCUUAAAGGUAGAGCCCACAGAAGAUGACCUGAAAGAAAUUGACAAUCAGAUACGUGAAGAAGAUGUGGCCGGUGGAAGGAGUUAUACUUCCUUUGCCCAUGCCAACUGGAACUAUGCAGACACACCAAAGAAGUAAUACUACAAAAGACAUGACAGACAGUGAUAUGUGAGAACAAAAUGGUGCAUCCUGUACCAUGAACAUUCCACGCUAAAUAAUGUAGUGCAAAUAAGAAAAGUACACUGUCUCCGGGAACCAUGUAAAUUUAUGUCUGCUCAUAUGCUCAUAUAACAGAAGACUGGGGCUGUAAGGCACACUUUAGCUCGCAUGUUCAUCUUGAGUGAAAACCUUCGAAAUAUUUGAGAAAGUUUGGAUGGUACAAAUA